ACAUUUCUACAUGUGUAAUCCUAUAGAUUCUUUGAUGUUUUGCUACACACUCACUCCUCAAUAUCUCUGCUUCUCCUCCUCCUCUCUAUCUCUCCCUACCCCUCCUCCUCUCUCUCUCUCUCUCCCCCCUUUCUCCAUCUCUCUCUCUCGUGCACCACCUGUUAGUGCAGACCCCUGUGCUUUGGAAUUCACUUGUUUAUGAGGGAGUCUUUCACACUCACACAAUCAAAGCUCUAUGACGGUGCGUAAGGGAAAAAAGCUCACCAUCUCCAUCCAGGAACACAUGGCCAUUGACGUCUGUCCUGGACCCAUACGACCAAUUAGACAGAUCUCUGCCUAUUUCCCCAGACUCUCCCCAACCGCUGAGCCCAUCUCUUCUAACCCUGCUUCUCCACUGGCUCUUAGCCCAGGGGUUGGAACCUCUGGAGGAACGAGGGGAAGUCUCUUGUCCCCUCUCCAGGCAGGGGCGAGGGGAGGGGGUGGGAGUCUGUCAGCAGCAAGCAGCAUUGAGACAUCUGUGGACAUCUGCAGUUCAGACAGUGAUGACAGUACUGCUCUCGGGACGUUAGAGUUUGAACUGAGGUAUGAGAGAGCAACCAGUUCACUGCACUGUACCAUCAUCAGAGCCAAGGGUCUGAAACCCAUGGAUUUUAAUGGCCUGGCAGAUCCGUAUGUCAAACUUCAUCUUCUACCAGGAGCCUGCAAGGCCAAUAAACUGAAAACCAAAACUGUUCGUAAUUCUCUAAAUCCUGUUUGGAAUGAGACUCUUUCGUACCUUGGCAUCACGGAGGAGGAUAUGCACAGGAAGACUCUGAGGUUAUCGGUGUGCGAUGAGGAUAAACUGACUCAUAAUGAGUUUAUUGGAGAGUCUCGUGUGGCCCUACGACGUGUGAAACCAGACCAGGCAAAACGUUUCUACACCUGUUUAGAACAUCCACCACCUCUUCCCUCUCCUACAGCCAUGGGAGCAGCACUGCGAGGGAUUUCCUGUUACCUACGAGAGUGGGAGAAUGAACAAAUGACCAGUUUGGAAGAGAGGGGCCGAAUGUUGCUUUCUCUGCAGUUCUUAACCCCGCCUGCAGAGGGCGAAGGAGAGGGCCGACGAACGGGUUUAUGUGUCGGAGUGCUGCGCUGUGCCCAUCUGGCCGCCAUGGAUGUCAACGGCUUCUCAGAUCCCUAUGUGAAAAUAUAUCUGAAGCCAGAUGUGAAGAAGAAAUCCAAACACAAAACGGCAGUGAUUAAAAAGACUCUUAACCCAGAAUUCAAUGAGGAGUUUUUCUAUGAGAUCCCUCUAUCUGAACUGGUUCAUAAGACACUGGAGGUCACAGUAUGGGACUAUGACCUGGGAAGAUCUAAUGAUUUCAUAGGUGGCGUGUGCCUGAGCUGUCACGUCCAAGGAGAUGCUCUUCGCCACUGGAUGGACUGCUUGAGGAACAAGGGUGAGAGAGUGGUGCGCUGGCAUAUUCUGGCCAAUGAGCUGCCUCAGACCACCUGCCACGAUUGAGGAAGAAUCCUGUCAGGAACGAGGAAAUCAGUCAUGAUAGAUUAUUGGAUUUGAUUGAUUUGAGGUGGACAUGGAGAUAAUUAUAUGAGCUAACUUGGGACUAAGAUGUUGGAAGUAAAUUACACACUUUGUGCUGUUUAAAAGGAGGGUGGGCCACCAGUCGUCUUCUGACUUGAUGUCACUCAAAGCAAGUCCCCACCCCAUUCACCCACUUCUCUCUUCCUCUCUCUCGCUCAUUGCUGCAUUGCUGCAAGUGUUUUCUACACAUUUUGUAACGUUGAAGUGAAUUUUACUCUUAUGAAAUCUUGUGUAGCACAAUUCUCUUUUUGACUAACCGAUUAUAAUGUAUUUCAAUGUUCAGUGCUUUCAUAAUGCUUGCAGACAAAGCUAAGACACAUCUUUAUCAAAGUUUUAACAGGGGUGCAUGAAAACUACCUGGUGUAAACGCAUCAAAAUUAUAUACACAUAUGGUAUCACCAUGACAACAUGGGAAGGUCCUUAAAGGGAUAGUUCACUUUGAAAUUAAUUUUUGAUAUGUUUUAGCCCUUACCUAGGGCAUCCAAGAUGU